AUGGCAGCGAUACAGCUGGCCACGCUGUGGGCCCUGUGCCUGUUCCCUGGUCGCCUGGCCCUUCCUCUGCCACAGACCCAUGAUGCAGGAGGCAGGAGCGAGCAGCAGAAGGAACUGGCCCAGGACUAUAUCGCGAGAUUUUACCCAUCUAACUCAAAAUCAAAAGAUGUUAACAGUUUAGAAAUGAGACUCAAGAUAAUGCAAAAGUUCUUUCGCCUGCCUAUAACUGGAAUACUAAAUCCUCACAUCAUAGAAAUAAUGCAGAAGCCCAGGUGUGGAGUGCCAGAUGUUGCAGAAUAUUCGUUGUUCCCAGAUAGACCUAAAUGGCGUUCUAAAGUGGUGACCUACAGGAUCAUCUCCUAUACUGUAGAAUUAUCCCAUGCCAUGGUGGACCAGUUAGUGGCCAAGGCCUUGGACAUGUGGAGCAAAGAGAUCCCACUGAGCUUCCAGAGAGUCAGACGGGGAAAUGCUGACAUCAUGAUUGGCUUCGCCAGGGGAGAUCACAGAGACAACUAUCCCUUUGAUGGCCCAGGAAACACACUGGCCCAUGCCUUUGCCCCAGGGCCAGGCCUGGGAGGAGACGCCCACUUCGACAAGGAUGAGUUCUGGACGGACAGCACAGCCAAUAUAGGGAUUAACUUUCUGGUCACCGCCACUCACGAAUUCGGCCAUUCUUUGGGUUUGGGGCACUCUUCUGACCCCAACGCAGUGAUGUACCCGAUCUAUAGCAACGGGGACCCGAAGGAUUUCAAACUUUCUCAGGAUGAUAUCGACGGCAUCCAGAAGUUAUAUGGUAAUCAUCAGGGUUUCCCCUUGUCUCUGCAGAGCUUGGAUCAGAGCCAACCUGAGGAGGUUGUCCUGGUGCGGAAAUCAGACACCAGAGCAGACCUGCGCGUCGGCUGCAGUUCAGGCAAUCAGGACCUGACAAUUGUCAUCUUAUCCCCCACGUUUCCUCAGUGCCCACCUGGUGGCAUGUGUGACUUCACCCCAGGCUCGCACAUGCGGAUGUCCAGGGAAUGUGGAGGGAGCGGGAGGGGGCCUUUCAGAACCAGUACCUCUGUGCAGGUGCACCAGGAGCCACUGAGCCCGGAUUCACACAUGGGGACACAAUGGUCCGGGGAAGUUCGCAGGACAACGAUUUCCCAGCCCAGACGCGGCUCACCCCGGCCACGUGCAGUUUGCUGCGUGUCCAGGAGGCAGUGA